AUGCGCAUCGACUCUCGACCGAAUACCCCAAGAAUACCACACAGUCUUACACAAAGACGCUUCGUAGGCAUAGAAGAGUGCAUAUCUCAAGACGGUCUCCGCUCCCACUACUCCGGCCAAGUCCCGGGAGUAUACCAAAACUACAUCCUCGUCCACCCCUAUCCCUCACUGCGCAUGAUAUUUACCUCCCCCUCCCUCCGCAUACCUGGGCUCUGCCAAUCCAAACUUGAAGACCACAUCGGUGGCCCCGAACACGUGCGCGCAUCGCGCGUCGAAGCACUCGCCCAAGGUAUCGGCGUCACGGCCAAAGUCUCCUGGCUAACGCGCGUAUCGCGACCUAGCACACACACACAACUCAAAGUUCCCACGAAUGACAAUAGACCCAGCAUCGCCACAAGCGACAUGGAGAUCGUCGAGGGCAAGGCACGGUGGAUACACUGCACGCCGCUGACGGGCUCGGACGGGAAAGUCGGCGUGAUCAUGAUUAUCGUGGUGGAUAAACAGGAGGCGACGCACCCGCAUAGUCUGCCGAAUCUUAGCAGCAUGCCCAGUAUGUGGCCUACUGGCACCGGACUCGUUGGCCCCGUCCUCCCUCGCGCGUGUGCGAAGACCCACAACAGUUUCCGUUCGCUGGACCACACGCCUGAGCGAUGGCAGCCUCGCUCCAGUCCUUCGAGCGUCGCGACGGCUGGGACGUCGCCGCUUAGAGGCAGCACUGUUCAUAAUCUGCCGCCGAGGUCGAUGGGUGGGAGUAGGCUGUAUGCGGAUUACAUAAAGGAGAUCAGGGAGGCGCAGAAGAGGGUUGAUUCGUUUAGUACUCGAUUAAGGGAUCAUCAGGACCAGACGGCUGGGUUGGGAUUGAUGGCUACGGCGGUGAGUGUUAAGGCUGUGAAUGGGAGGGGGAAGACUAAGAAGGUUGGGAACACGUUUUGA